AUCUAUGGCUGUUCAUCUUCCACUGUUCAGUGGUUUACUUCUUAUCUCUCUGAUCGUUGUCAAUGUACUAACUUUAAGGGUACACUAUCUCACCCUCUGCCUGUAUCUAUCGGUGUUUGGCAAGGAAGCAUUCUUGGUACUCUUUUCUUUCUAUUAUUCAUUAAUGACCUCCCUUUAUUUCUCCCAUAGAACACUACUCUCACUAUGUUUGCUGAUGAUACUUCAAUAACUCAAUCUAGCUCUACUAUCCACGAGUUGAAUGCUCGCCUUAAUCUUGUCGCUUCUGGCGUGUUUGCAUGGGCUAAUUGCAACGACGUG